GCUGGGGAUUGCAUCUAGCUGAACUUCAUGCAUAAAAGCCUGUCCGCUGCUCAAGUUCACAAGUGAAAACCGGAAUAGCAUAUUCUCUCCAUUUGUGUCCAAUUAAAAAGCAAACCACCACCGUAAAGAUGAAGGAGAUAGUAGACCCAACCAUGUCGGAAACUCGACAUAGGCCGAAAGUUCUCAUAGUCGGCGCUGGGCUUGGCGGUCUGACCCUUGCUCAGAUAUUGCAAAAGAACGGUAUAGCAUUUGAGAUCUUCGAGAGGGAUGAGCACGAUGUGUCCAGGCAACAGGGUUGGUCCCUCACAAUACAUACUGUUUUAGACGAGCUUCUCGAGGCUCUCCCAGACGAUAUGCCGAACCUCAAAGACACUGCUUAUCACCUUAGCCCAUUGGACUUGGAAACUCAAGUUAUCUUCUAUUUCCAUAAUGAACGUCUUGGGACGGAAAAUUCCCCUUCUACUCCCACCAUACGAUACAACCGCCUACAGCUUCGGCAUUGGCUAGCAACCGGCAUUGAUAUCCAGUACGGCCGGGAAGCCAACAGAAUCGAAAGGGUCGGUGACAAAAUGGUAGUCUCUUUCACUAAUGGUACCACUGCUGUUGGUGACAUUUUGAUCGGUGCCGACGGCACAAGAAGCAUCGUGAGAGAGCACGUGCUUGGGAAGCCUAAUAGCGAAGUGCUUAGGAACAUUCCGCUUAGUUCCAUCACCGCGGAAACCACGCUAAGCGGAGAAUCAUUCGCACGUCAGCUAGAGAUCGCGCAUAGCAUGGCUAUCAUACCAGUUACCAGCGGAGACGGCUGGAACAAUUUGUUCACGGGUCUCAUCAAUGUAUCGCCAGAUGGCAAAUCGGGGAAAUUCUUCUGGGUCAUCGGAUGGCACGAUCCUCUUGCCGAACAUACCGGUCGCAUAGCCGUCCACAGCAUCCCCAGGGAGGAACGUCUCGAACUUGCGAAGAAGAUGAUAGCACACCUAGAUCCCAAGUUCAGACGCAUAAUCGAAGAAACUCCUCCGGAAGACAUUCGCGACGUCGGAUGGGUCCCAACGGACUGCCACCUCGACGAGAUACCUCAUGGAAGGGCGAUUCUCCUUGGGGACGCUGUACACUCGAUGUUGCCGUUCAAAGCGGAAGGGGGCAUACACGCGAUACGCGAUGCUCUUCUCCUCGGUAAACUGAUAACAGAGUUGGAUGCUUCGGACGACGCCGCCCUUGACCGUUUACUCACAACAUUCUAUGGGGACAUGAUACCUCGUGGGGCUGAAGCCGUCGAACAGUCCAAAUACUUUCAGCACAACUUCAGGAAGGAUAAGACGAAUAUUAGAGCUUGGGGGCAUCCAGUUAGGAGCUUACCAGAUGAAAAAAUCGAACUUGGACCUGGGGGGGUUUGCAAGGUAACCAAAGGACCUUGCAAACUACGCUUAGUUCCGAGCUUAUAAACAGAACCAUUCCUUUUCCAUAUGAAGAGCAAGUACUAAAUAUCAAGUACUUAUCUACAAUGAGAAGCUCAGAAAUUUAAUAUUGGUAUUGGUAUGAUUAGAUAGAAUGAAAAAAAAAAUAACAAUAACAAUAGAGCCAAUUUACAAAAGCAGACGUAGUGGUGGUAAAAAAUGAUGAUGGUAUCAUGAAAGGGGUAAGGGAUAAAUGGUCAGGACAUUUUCACUAGCUAAAAGCAUAAGUGCCUGU